AUGAACAAAAACAUGGAGGCUGUAACAAAGCAGAGCCGGACAUUAGAAGAAGCAAAACUUGGAGGCACCGAGGAGAUUCAAGGAUACCAGAAAGAGAUUGCUAGUUUGAAGGAACAAGUGGAAUUGCUCAAGAACCAGUCCCAAAAGAAAACAGAGGAACUAAAAACUGCUGAAGCUAAUUCUGUUGCUUUACAGAAACAAUCUGAAGGAUUACUUAUGGAGUAUGACCGUCUCAUUGCAGAGAACGGGGAUUUGAGGAACCAACUGCAGUCAAUUGACCUCCGCAUGUCCCAUUCUGACGGAAAGAAGAAUUCGUAA